GUCCGUUCUUCCUUACACCCUGAACCUCUCCAACUGUGCGGGGAGGUCAGUCGGAAACCUCGGGCACUAGGGAGAGGGGCUACCCCCCCGUCCUCGUCCGGGCCCGGCGAGCCGAGGAGGGGCAGCUGGGCUCCAAACCGAUCCCGGGACCCACCCGCCCUGGGGAGAACCCGUCCAACUUUGGGAAAGACUCGAGUCUCCGCUCUGGACUCUCAGUGAAUCCCUGUAAAGAAGUCUUCCAGAGACGGCGAUCCUCACCUCCAUUCACCCAAGCUCCUCUACAUUUCCAGUGGCUACAAUUAGCUCAGGAUGGGGACAGAAAGGCAGUGUUCAGAGCCAGACUGCCAGAAGCAAUUCUACGCUGCAGUUACUGUCAUCCAGAGUUUACCCAAGAAUGGUUCUUAUCGCCCAUCCUAUGAGGAGAUGUUGCGUUUCUACAGCUACUACAAGCAGGCUACCCAGGGACCCUGUCAUAUGCCCAGGCCUGGCUUCUGGGACCCUAUUGGACGCUAUAAAUGGGAUGCCUGGCACAGUCUGGGCAGGAUGAGCCAGGAGGAGGCAAUGGCGGCUUAUAUAGCAGAGAUGAAGGUGGUGGCCCAGAAGGUGAUAGACACGGUUCCCUUGGGAGAGGUGGACGAUGGCAUGUUUGACUACUUUGUGCCCUUGUACGAGAUGAUCCCUGACAUGCCUCAGCCUCCAGAGACCUUCUUGAAGAAACUCACAGCUCGGAAGAAGAAGAUGAGAACUGUCUUUGAGCCCCUACCACCUCCUGAGGAGCCAGCCCCCCAGACUUCAGCACAGCUACCCAGGGUGCCCAGUGUUCAUGGGAGAGCCUCCAUGGACCUGGAUUCUGAGGUUUUCUGUGAUUCCUUGGAACAGCUAGAACCUGAGCAGGAUGAGUGGUUACAGGAAGAGCUGAAGGAGGCGCUUGAAGGAGAGACUGAUAUCAGCAGUGACCACUUGCUUCCAAGAGAGAGAGAGAUGGUAGGAAGGGCUCCCCCAGGUCCCCAGGAGUUUGAGGCCUGGCUGGCCAGUACAGUUCGAGCCCUGCAGGAGAGCAUGCAGGAUGUCCAGGGGAGGUUGAGGCAUCUGGAGAACCUGCCCCGCCCUGCACAGAACCCUCCAUCCCAGCAGGGGCCCUGGGCCUUGGAGCUCUCUACCCCGACACUCCUUCUCCUCCUCCUAUGGCCAUUCGUUGUCCAGUGGCUCUACCGACAGUUUCGGAGACAGAAGAGGUGAUUGGCCCUUAGGGGACACUGCUGCCGCCUGAGGAGAUGAUGGGGGCGGGGGGAGGAAGGUGCCUCCUCUUUCCCAGCCCUCACCAGUCUCCCAUACUGCACCUGAGCCUUUCUGAGGAAGCAGGGAGGGCUAGGACCUCACCAGCUAGCCUCGUUUUCCUCACCUGUCAAACGAGAGAGUCGGACUAGAUCUCCAAGGGUCCUUUCUGACUCUUAUUCUUCAGUUUAUGAGCUAUGCCACUAAGUAGUUGUGUGACCUUAGGUAAAUCGUUUUCCCUCCUUUGGGCCUCAGUUUCUUCACCUGUAAAAUUACCCAGUGGAACUGCCUCUGAGGUGAUAUUCUGGAAUUCCAUGACCAAUCAGUAUUUGCUGGGUGCUGAAUGGAAUAAGCUCAGCCCUUCUUGGUGGCCCCUCCUCGGGGCUGCGGCCCUUCCCCUCCAGGAGGGUAUAUAACUCGUUUUCCCCGACUGUGGAUGGCACGGGGAGCCUAGGGCCCCUUGGUGAUUCAGGAUGCACCGGCGAUGCCAGGACACCACCAGCACCACAUCGUUACCGCUGCAUUUCUCCCUCCCACCUUCCCACGGAGCUCCCUCCCCCACCCGCCUCAGGCCACUUUACUGCCAUUCCCCACCCCCAUCACGGUCCCUCCCAGAGGUACCUUAGCUCAGGCAAGUCGAGGCAGUGGCCUGGGCGUCUAUUCUAGCUGUUUGGAAGAAGAGUUGAGUUGCUCGAGAAGGGUGUUUUGGGGGGGCUUUUCCAGGCUGUUUUACCAGACGCAGCUGAGAGGCCAGAUAGAUAGGUAGGUAGGUAGAUAGAUGGAUAGAUAGAUAGAUGGAUAGAUAGAUAGAUAGAGAUAUCUAUAUCGAUGAGAAGGGAGGGGAGUCGUGGGGGAGGCACCGAACUUGCUUUUGGUCACAUGACCCCUCUACCCUUUGGAUUAUACUCAGGUUCUCAUCCGCUCAGAAGAUCCAUAAGUAUUAAAAUAAAUGAAACUUUCAG